AUGAAACUACUCUCGGGGAUACUAACCUUAAGUGGAAUCAUAACCUGUGCAGCGCUCAUCGCAUACGAUUGUGAAGACAGCAAGGCAAAUAUUACGGUAAUAGCAUUAGGGGAUGUUGCACCAUGCCCAGAUGAAAUAGAAGACUACGUAGAAGAAACGGUCAAAAUUCAAGUUAUACAGAAAAACAAAUAUACACUACAAAAAGUACAAGCAUGUCUGGUAGAAGUACUUAGACACAUACACACGUCAGCAGUAGAGAAAGGCCUUUCCAGCUACAUACACGCAAUAGGAGCGGAGGAAUGUCGCACUAUGCAUCGAUACAGAACAAUUCAAUUAUUCAACCAAAAUAUUGGAAACAUUAUAAUCAACGGCACUAUCACAGCAGCAAUUACGAUAGCUGGAGCACUAAACACAGACAGCACGUGUGAAGGCAUCACCUACACGGAAAAUGGGUACACAUGGAAGAAGGUAGUAAUUAUGGGAACAAUAAAAAUAACCACGAGAGAAUAUUAUGCAACAGUCAUAUUAGAGGAAAAUUUAAUAAGUUUAACCACGGGAAUAACUUGCUCAUAUCUACAAGCAUAUUGUAUCGACUCAACUUAUGGAGAAACAACAUGGGACAUCAACAUAGCUCAGUCAUGCGAGGACAAACUCACAGAGCUAUAUUCAGGGAAAGCACAACAAAUUACAAACAAGCAAAACCCAUUCGAAAAAUUAAUCAUAGUAGACCAAGAAGAAAAAAUUUUCGCCUUUGCACUGAAAAGUAAAGCUAUCAUAUGCGACGCCAAUGGAUGGUACACGGAACAUCCCCAAAUCAUCAUUAUCAUCAAAACAAAUUCGACAACCCAACUUUUGGCAAGAAGCAAUCUCAUUCCGCAAAAUACAAACAUGUUCAGCUACAUAAACAGCAAACUGUUAUACGUCGAACAAAGCAACAAACGAGAAAUAAACAAGGUCUACAGGAACACAGCCCACCGACGAUGUGAACUCCAUAGAGAAAUAAUAAGGAAUCGAUUAAGUUUAGCACCACUCACACCAAAUUCAAUCAGCACACUUAUAAAACAAGAACUUGGAUAUAUAGCAGCAAAAAUGGGAGAAGUAUUAUACAUCAUGAAAUGCACACCACGGGUCGUCUACCCAAGGAAAACAGAAACAUGUUAUCAAGAACUACCAAUAUGGAACAACAACCAAUCCAAAUUUAUGGCGCCAAUUACACACAUAAUUCAAGCAUACGCUCAACCAAUCAAUUGUAACCGAAUAACACCCCCCAUAUACCUAAUUGACGGAACAUGGACAGCUAUAACACCUGUACACAUUGAAAAGAAACCCCCCACAUAUUUACAAGUAGACGAAGGAAAACCCUUACAACUGGAACCCAUCCAACAAAUAGGAGAGAGAGGUCUAUACACACAAGAGGAAAUUACCAAAAUUCAGGAGCAACUAACAUUUGGAAACGAAAGAGAAGCAGUAGAAAACAUAAUAAUUCGGAAAAUCAAAGGCAUGGAAACCAACUCAAUGGGAUACUCAACAGUACAAAUUUUCGACAUGGAAGAAAUGAAACAAUUAACUUCAUCAAUUUUAACACAAAUUUAUGGUUGGUUCGCAACAUUUGGACAAUUUUUCUCAGGAAUCAUUGGCAUAUAUAUCGUCAUCCGUAUCAUCAAGUAUGUAUUUGGAGUCAUGUUAAACGGACUCACAAUUUACAAAACCUUUGGAUUCGGCAUACAAUUAAUAGCAAGCGUUUGGAACACGUUAACUUUAUGGUUAGUCCAAAACUAA